CGUCAUUCUUUAAACGCGGAAGUGCGAGUUUCGGGACGGAGCUUCUUUUUUGUUGACGUUGUUCAUUAUUGUUUCACAGAAUGAACGCGGAUAAAGCAAAGAAUCUCAGCGCCGUUCCUAUAGACGGAUUCAGUAAAGUUCGCAUAACAUCAACGUGGACUUUUCUACAGUCUAUCCAGUGGUCUGAGCCAUGGCUCAUUGGACUGGUUUCUUUUCAUCUCCUGUGCUUUGCUUUUACCAUCCUGACCUGCAAGUACUACAGAAUCCAGAUCUUCCAGUUCCUCCUGAUGGUUGCCAUGGUCUACAGUGCAGAAUAUGUGAAUGAGAUAGCAGCCAUGAACUGGAGAUCAUUCGCCAAGUUCCAGUACUUCGACUCCAAGGGGAUGUUCAUAUCAUUGGUAUAUUCUGUACCGCUCCUGUUCAACACUAUCAUCAUUGUGGCCAUGUGGGUGAGGAGGACAUUUGCGACCAUGACCGAACUGAAGACGUUGCAGUUGAAGAGGAAAGCCGCCAGACAAAAUGCUAAGAAAACUCAGUAAAGCGAGAAUAUAAUGGAGCGAGUCAAACUCAAAGUUUCCUGAGAUCUCCUUUCGAGGCUGACAACAGACCUCAUCAGUUCAUGGCUAAAGAAGAAAUAAUGGAUGGGUAGUAAAGUCUGUCUAAAACCUCCAAACACACUGAGUUUGGAGUUUGGAGCUGAGUGAUGGAGCAACCAUUCAAACCAACUGAUGAAGACAGAAAAGCUCAGAUUGUCCACCAUAACUCUUGUCUUGUGUAACGAUUUUGUCAUAUAUGCACAGAAAGAUUUUAAUAACGCGUAUAAAUAAUGUUUGUGUCAAUAAAUUUUAUGCCAUAGUUGGGUUAA